UCCUACACAACCACGGUUACGAGUUUUGGCGGUAAUACAUAUACCGUAAUUGAAUUUUUAUUCUCACAUUAUCCAUAAAGCUACAACAUGCGGGGUAGUGGUGAUACCGUACACCUUACUAUUAUGGCGACUAUUAUCAGCAUGUUCCUGUUUCCGCCGCACAUAACAGCCGACAACAAUGAUAUCGACGGUUUCUGGUCCAGAUUCGCCACACCGUACGAGAAUGCAAUCCGCAUUUUGGCUAACGAUGCUCUCAAGCCACUCGCAGAUGCCAAAGUUCCCACCCAACCAGCGGAAGCCGAACGACUUUUAUCGAACAGCAAAAUCCAGUUCCAACGCUUCUACACGACACUGGAGCCAAUGCGAGCUGCUUCGGAAGAACUCAAGCAACAACAAGAUCAGCGCAUCAUCCGUAAGACUCUGGAGCGGCAACAGCUGGAGAACGCGAUGAAUGAAACCGACCGGCAAAUUGCCGCCGCCGCUGCCGAUCUCAGUCAACAAACCAGCGCUUUACAUGACGCCCAAGUCAAGCUGGGUAAUGAACGAGCCAGCCUCCACCACGCCCACAUCAACCUGCAAUCCCAGCAGCAGAAUCUGGACAGAGCCCAAAACUGCAUCUGGAAAUCGAAACGGUCACUGCACAAACGCAACAUUUUCAAGGAAAUCGGGAAAGGAUUCCAAAAUAUUGCUAGGGAAAUCGGGAUCGGGGCACGAAACGUUGGAAACGAACUCCAGCGUGGUGCACAGAACGUCGCUAAGGAAACUCGAAACAUCGUUAACGUACCUUGUAAAAUCGGUGGAGCGGUCGAUGGCGCCCGUGACGCAGUGCGCCGUGCCGAGGAGAAUGUACGCCAUCAAGAGCAGCGUGUGGCGCAACAGCAGGCAGUGGUCAACGCGGCUCAGAAUACGGUGAACCAACGGCAACAGACCAAAGCGCAACAGCAGCAGAAGAAACAAAGCCUGGAACGCGAGAUCAGCGAUAUGCGGACGAAACUGCACGCUUUAGUGGAGAUCAACACAAAGGUCAAGCAGAUUGUGUUGUACUUGUCUGGUCUGUUCGAUGCGGGCCAUUCACUGAGCAAUACCAUGGAGAAGAUGAUUAAUACGGCUGAACUGCUGGAUCCCUUGCAAUAUAUUACCGACAAGAUUGUCUCGUUCGGCGGCCGGGAUACAGCAGCGCUGCGGGCCGCCAUGGGAAGUCUGCGUCAGAGUAUGGUGACCCUCCACGCCAAACUGCCUGAAUAUCCUCUGCCGGGAAAAUUAAUCAGUAACUAGUCGCUGUUGCAUGGCUGAUGCAUUUUAACUUAGAACAUAAUCCGGUGCAAAACAAGAAUUACAUUCGUAAAAAUUGAUAAUCUCGGAGUCAACGAAGGAUCAGUAAAUCGUAAUUAUACUAUGUGAGCUUUUCAAUGCUUUUUUCUAGUGUGAAAACGACAUUUUCUGCAACAUGUAUAACAUAAUUUGUUGAUGCUUUGAGACAGCUUGCUAUACCUACAUUUUCGUUGUUUCGUAAACGUUGCAAGACAAUCAUGUUGGUACUUACACCGGUACGUUACAUAACGGGGCAGUCAAAAUUAAA